AUGGACUUCGAAUUACACUACGGGCCCCACGUAGUACCCACCAUUAAGUGUGUCAACCAAGUUUUCUGCUCAGGACGCAAGGACGCGAACUUCAUUCAGCAUGCUCAGCGAGCUGCUACAAAAAUGGUUGCUGAUGUAAAACCUGUGGACCAUGAAUUGUCUUGUGGUGCUUUCCAUCUUUCCCCGGAGAAUCAUCACCUACGAGGAGGCCCAAUUCUUACUUAUGCCCCGUUCAAACAAGGUUUUGCCUCCAUGUUUUUCAUCGUUGAAACGUCGAACGCACGGCAAGGACAUGGAAAGGGGAUUUUCAAGCUCCAGGCGCACAGUUUUAAUGGGCAAAAAAUUUCAUUUUGGGUGGUUGUUGCGUGGAAUAACCUUCUUCUGAUGGCUGUGCAGCUCAUCUAUUCACCGGUAGCCGAUAAUAUACAGGAACAAAAUCUACCUGAGAAACUUGGUCGAAACAUUCGAUCGUGUAAGAAUUAUGACGCGCUCUUCAAACUGUUGUUAAUAGGUGAUUCUGGCGUGGGCAAGACAUGUCUUUUGUUUCGUUAUGUGGAGGAUACAUUCUCUUCAUCUUUUAUAUCUACAAUUGGAAUAGAUUUCAAAAUCAAAACCAUAGAAUUAGAGGGGAAGAAAAUCAAACUUCAGAUAUGGGAUACUGCCGGCCAAGAACGCUUUCAAACAAUAACGGCCUCGUAUUAUAGAGGCGCUAUGGGUAUUAUGUUGGUUUAUGAUAUCACAAGCCGGAGGACAUUUGAUAAUAUCAGUCGAUGGAUGGGCAAUAUUCAAUCGCUUGCAUCGCACGACGUCGAAAAGCUCGUUGUUGCAAACAAAUGCGAUAUGGAUGAUCGGAGAGUCGUUUCAACGGACGAGGCUUCUCGUAUGUGUAACGAAUAUGGGGUCAGCCUCCUGGAGACAAGCGCAAAGACAGGGCAAAAUGUGGACAAAGCGUUUGAAACGUUGACCCUUGCUAUUUUACGGAAGUCUCCUCGCGAGCCCGAAAAUACAGCGAUGUCACUAGGAAGUCGCCUUGCAGAACCAGUUGAGAAAACACCUUCCUCUUCCUGCUGUUAA